AUGGAAACCAUCCUCGCACCUCUGGACCUGCAACUCGACAACAUGUGGAAGCAGCCACCGUCGCCUGCCACAGACAACAAGAGCAGCCUUGUGCGCUUGCCCAGCUUGUUCGCCGUGACAGGCGCCGCCACAACCAACUCAGAGUGGUCACCUCGGCUCGUGGGUAUGAGCGACGUGCUCAGCUCGCAAGUGUCUCCGCUCAAGGAAAAGGGUCUUGCACGGUUGCCUUCCAUCGGUGUCAUGAUCAACCGUGAGGCCACGCCUAAGAGCCUUAGUCCCGUGCAAAAGCACUGCAUGAACCUUUACAAGCAGCUUCAGGACACCAAGACAGUAUCGCCUCGUCAGCCUGAGCUCGAGCUCAACAGUCUGCUGGCUGAUGCUGCUGUCAGUCAACUGAAUGAGCAGCACGCCCGCAAGAUCCUACCGGCUAUCAGCAGCGAGAAGGCCAAGCGCACAAACAAUGCCAAGCUCUGUGGCAUGACUGAAUGCAACAAACGUGCCAAGGCCGGCGGCUUCUGCAUUGCCCACGGUGGCGGGCUCCGUUGCUCUGAAGCGGGUUGCACAAAGCACGCAGUGAGCCUCGGGUUGUGCAUCAGUCACGGUGGAGGCAAACGCUGCACCGUCGAGGGAUGCUUGAACGCAUCUCGCAAGAACGGUGUGUGCUGGAGCCAUGGCGGCAAGCGUCUGUGCAAGCUCGAGGGAUGCAAUAAAGGCCCCAAGUCCGGCGGCUACUGCUGGAGCCACGGUGGCAAGAUGAAAAAGUAAGGCGACAUCGUCUUUCUUUCCAGCUUAUUUAUCCGUCAGUUGUGGAUGGACACAUGUGUCAUGUACAUGGUAGCAUUUUUUGACGUAUUUAUUCGAUAACAAGCAACAACCCACGAACUCUAUUUCCUCCUU